CCAGGUUAGCCGCCCUCCCCCAGGGAGGGGCGCUGAGCUACCCGGCCUCCAGUAGGCCAGCGACGGCCAGAAAGGGAAGGUACUCGCCACUGGCCAGAGGGAGGUGGCAUCCACAGGUCCGAUCUGGAUGCCCUGCCCUCGGCCCCCCUGGCUCCGCCGCCCCCGAGCACCCCACGGCUCGGGCCGCAGCUCCCCAGGCUCGCUCUCCACGCCCCGCUCCCCGGCCAGAGGGGAGGAUGAGGAAGAGGAUGAGGAGGUGGACGGCAGCCCAGGCUCGGGCCCCAUCCUGACCCCUGCUUCCCCAGUGGAGUGCCUCAUCUGCGUGUCACCCUUCGACGGCGUGUUCAAACUGCCCAAGCGCCUGGACUGCGGCCACGUCUUCUGCCUCGAGUGCUUGGCCCGCCUGUCGCUGGCCACUGCUGGCGGCGGCGACGCGGUGGCCUGCCCGGUGUGCCGCGCGCCCACGCGCCUGGCCCCGCGCCGCGGGCUGCCAGCGCUGCCCACGCAGCCCGGCCUGCUGCCCCGCGACGCGCGCGCGCCGCUGCCGCGCCAGGGCUCGGUGCGCUUCGACCGGCGCCGCGGCCUGCUGUACCUGCGCCCGCCGCCGGCGCCCGGGCCCCGCAAGGCGCGCGCCGCGCCGCCCCCGCCUCCCCCGCCGCUGCGCCUAGGCCGCCCGCUGUCCCGCCGCCCGAGGCUGGAUAGCCCGGCCUGGGCCUUCAACGCAGCCGUGGCGCUGGCCGUGUUGGUGGCCGCGGGCCUGGUGGUCUCCGGCGUCUACAUCUUCUUCCUCAUCCCGCAUGCCACUUCCUCGGGCCCCGCGCGGCCGCAGCUCGUGGCGCUCGCCCCGGCGCCCGGCUACUCCUGGCUCCCCCCGCGGCCCACGCUGGGGGCGCCCUGGACCCCGCAGCCUUCGGGCGCCGACCCGGACGCUGCCCCAACGGCGGCUGCCGAAGAUGCGCUGGAGCCGGAGUCGAGCCCCGCGGAUCCGGCGGAGGCCGAGGGGACGCUGGAUGGGCCGUCGGACCGCACGUGGGGGACAGAAGCAGGCCCCGGCUGGGCCCCGCGGGUUCGGGGCGGGAGGCGGGUGUGGAGGCCACAAUAAAUGCAUCAGC